AUGACUCGUGAGUGCGAUGAUUUGAGAAAAGAAGUUAGCAAAGUUUUCGGCAAACGUUAUUUAAGAACUCUUAUUGUAUCGAACCCAAUGAUGGCAAAACUGUACGCUUUACCGAAAAUUCACAAAGUUGGUGAAAAAAUGCGACCGAUUGUGUCAAACAUUAACACGCCAAUUUAUAAAAUGGCCAAAUGGCUUGUGAAAGAAGUGAAAAAAUUGCCGUCUUGGCCAAGCCAAUCAGUUAAAAAUUCGUUUGACUUUGUGGAAAAAAUAAAGAAUGUAGUGGUAAAUGACAAUGAAAUUAUGAUUUCAUUUGAUGUUGCUUCUUUGUUUCCAAGCAUACCGAUAAAAGAAGCACUCGGUGAUUUUCGUGAUUACUUAGAAACAACAAAUUUAAAGGAAGAAGAAAAACAAGUGUACAGAAUGGUCGCUAAAAAAUGCAUGGAUCAUAAUUACUUCCAGUUUCGUGAAAAAUUCUACAAGGUGGAAAAGGGCACGAAUAUGGGCAAUCCCAUCAGUCCAUUAAUUUCCGAAGUGUUUAUGUCAGCAUUUGAAACAAAAUUAAAAAGUGAAAACCUUCUCCCUAGAAUUUGGUGGCGUUAUGUUGACGACGUUUUCGCGAUUGUACAAAAAGAUGAAGUGGAAAUGAUGUUGAAUGUGUUAAAUAGUCGUUUUGAAUCAAUUAAUUUCACGGUAGAAAAAGAAAGUGACGGAAAACUCGCGUUUUUGGAUCUUGAACUAUCGCGAGUUAAUGAUAAAAUUAGAAUCGGCGUUUAUCACAAAGAAACUUCUACAAAAAGAGCGAUCCCAAACACAUCUCAUUGUGCAAUUCAACAUAAAUUAGCCGGUUUUCAUAGUAUGAUUCACCGUUUGUGUCGAUUACCGUUAUCGGUGGCCGAUUACAAAAAAGAAUACGACCACAUAAAACAAAUCGCGAAAGUUAAUGGCUACGACGAAAAUUUGGUGGACACAAUCGUUUACAAACAUUCGGAAAAAGUGAGAAAAUCGAACCUUUCCACGUUAUUCUCACAAAAAGAAGAAAAUGAACAUAAACGAGUGUCAGUGUCGUUUGUACCCAGCAUAACAAACAAGUUAAAAUCAAAAUUCAAAGAAUUCCACAUGCAAUUUGUUUACAAAAGUGGAAAUAAAUUGUCAAAUUUACUGGGUUCAACUAAAGACAAAACACCUUUUUUAAAAAAGUCGGGUGUUUAUAGUGUGAAAUGUGGUGUUUGUAAUCGUGUGUAUUAUGGACAAACGAAACGGUCGGUUGAAGUGCGUGUUGGCGAGCACUGCCGGUGUAUCAAGAACAACACACCGAGCAAAUCAGCUGUCGCAUUACAUGCGUUGAUAAACGAACACUAUGACAUUGGUAUCGACAACGUUUCGCUUGAGAAGCAAAUCAACGACGAACGAAGACUCGAUGCCUACGAAUACUAUUACAUAAAGAGAGAUCCGAACGCAUUGAAUUUAGACGAAGGCAAUAUUACAUCGAGCCUCAUUGACCGUCUAAUUUAA